AUGUCUCUUACGUUGUACUGGGACCAAUCUCUCCCUCCGUAUGAAAACCUUUCGGUUCUGCUGUUGUAUCAGCUUGUCCACAAGUACCAAGUAUCGGAGGCCAUGUUAACGGGUUUAUUGGCUAUUCUGCGCACGCGUCACACCGGCAAAGGUUUCGACGUUGACGACAUCCGACACAUCACAGCGAAACACUUCUACGGCAGGAGAAUAACUCACCACCCACUUCUAGCGGUAGUCGAGACCUUUGUGCCCUCCUCGAAGGACAACGGAACUUCUGUGCCUGUUUAUGAUAAACCGUGCAACCUGCUCGUGAACCGUAAGAUACAAUCCCCGUCUUCAUCGAGACAUGUGUGCAGAGUUCGGGCGGUGAAGUGCUCAGAGCCGAAGAAGCAGAGCCAAAUGGAUUGA